AUGAUUCUAGAUUUAGGCUUCCGAGGGGGUAAAGUUCCCCAGCUCCCUGUAGAACUUUUCAGCAGUAAAUUAUCUUGGAAAUUGCACGAUUUGGCGAAAGCGAAGAAGUACUACGUAUGGCUUUUCGCACUGGCAAUUUUCCCAGUUGUCACACUAAGCAUUUUGAAAAAGACUGGUACAUGGUCUUCAUGGAUUACUAAAUUUGUUGUGCUCUUGAGUGCUGAGAUUGUUUUGGCAAGCUUGCCUUUUGCAUGCCAGUUCAAAAAAUUGAAUAGAAUCCCUAAGCUGCUGCGGCCACUGUUGAUAAAAGAAGUUGUCGAACUGGGGUUGGACUUCAGGCACGAAAACUGGAAUAUGAUUGCUAAACGUGCAAACGAAUUUUUGCUGCAGGAAGGAUUCUGGCAUUCUGAGCUUUGCAUAUACGAUGGUGAGGAAUGUUUACGUUAUUUUAGGGGUCAAGUUUAUCUCCCAUAUGUUAACGUUCCAUCUGAGAGUCGAGAGGAACAAUUAGCCGCUCGUAUCUAUGAAAAGAGCUAUGAAGAUUACUGGAAUUCGCAGAAAUUGGCCAAGAUUACAACGGCUGAAGAACCAUGCCAAAAUCUGCCCAAGGACACUUACCACUUCUCGUUUGUAUAUGAUUUGGUCUAUGGUGGCAAGAAAGCACUGAAGUACCUUCCUGUUGUUGUGCUAACGUAUCUCCUCUUGAACUUCAAGAUAAGCCCAAAAUUGAUAGUUACGGCGUCGGUAAUUGGGUUUCUGCAGUUGAUGUGUUUCUCCUAUCCUCUUACAAGACAAGGUAGGAAAACAGUACUUUCUAGACCAGUACAUGUAUUGACGCUAAUGAAAUUGAAACUACACUUGGAGCCCGGUGAAAGUGCUAGUGAGUGGGAUAAGGUUGCGAAGAAAAUGAACACCUAUCUAAAUGAGGAGGGUAUUUUGCGCGAUAGAACAGUAUUCUUCGACGGGAGGGAAUGCCACGAAAAGUUCAAAUCCUUGCUGGCCUCAAUACUUGCGGAUGGUGAUAUUAAAAGGAACAUGUAUCCAGAGCUCAUUCGCUUCGCAAUUGAAUGCAAAACCGCAUAA